AUGGCUUUCCGAUUCCAGAACCCGCGGGUCGUGGGAACCGAGAGAAUUUGCGUGGUUCCGGAACCGGAAAAAUAUCCCAGGAGUUGCGUCUACGCGUCUCGGGGGACCGAGAUGCGGCGAUGGGAGCCGUGGGCCCGCCGGGGUGCCCUCAUAUUGCGUUCCAUCGCUCUCCUAUUGCUCCUCAAAUCGCAUGCACCACCUGUCGCAGCAUCGCAUUGGGCUUUAUCGCACGUGUCCGAUUACCUACCGUAUCAUGCAAAUCCGACUCAUCUGGUGCUCUGUCCUCGAUAUAUCCGACAAGGACAACCGUACCGGUUCUUGGUUACUUUGUUUCAAUUGUCGAGACCGGUUUCAGUCACUGCAACCAUUCAUAGGGAUAGCGUUGAAAUUGCCAAACAGGAGCGAGAAUUGUCUUCCGAAAGAGUUCCAGAACUCAUCACUUUACAGCUGCCCGCAACGCUGUCCCCGGGUCGAUAUCGUCUUCUGGUCGAGGGCUCGAUGAACGACUAUAAUGGAGGCGUCGCUUUCAAAAAUGAAACCCGACUCAUUCUGCUGCAAAGAUCUCUAACCAUCGUCGUGCAGACAGAUAGGCCGCUCUACCGACAAGGGCAAACAGUGAGAUUUCGGGUUAUUCCGAUCACUACCGAAUUCGACGGCUACCAGGAGGCUCUCGAUGUCGGUAUGCUCAACCCGGGAAACAUCGAGAUGAAGAGAUGGCUAUCCCGGAGAACCACGGGCGGUUGGCUAGCGCUCGAGUACGCACUAUCCGAGGUGACUCAAUUCGGUCGUUGGACGAUACGCGUCAAAGCUAACGGCUAUACUCAUGAAGAACACUUUUACGUCAAGGAAUAUCACACUCCUCCGUUCGAAGUUCGCGUUUUCAGUCCGUCUUUCAUCGUUUCGUCGGAUCAGUUUCUCCGCGGAACCGUCCACGCUAAUUAUUCCAGCGGCGCACCAGUCAGUGGAAACAUCUCCGUAGUGGCAGUGAUGGAAGCUGUUCACAACGAGGAUUCAAGAGAGAGCCGGGGCUAUGAGAUGAGUCUCGAUUCUUUCUACGGCAUCUGGGAUUUCGAGUUUCCCAUAGGAGACCUCCUGCGAUCGACCAACAACGUGCAGAGGUUCAAACUGGUUGUUAAAGCAAAAGUAAUGGAUGUGCGCACCUCGCUCGUCCGCAAAGGAUACUCGGAGUCGCUCAUCUUCAAAAAGUCGUACACGUUACGCUUCGAAGGACCCGCCAAACAAGUUUUCAAACCGGGUCUGCCCUUCAGAGCCCGCAUCGAGUUGCGCUAUCAGGACGGGACUCCGGUUGAACAGGAGUGGUUCCGAGGACGACCCGUCUCGCACUACCUGCGCGCGUCGGUGUUCGUAACGGGUUUGGCCGCACAACCGAAACUGCAGCAUCCGAGAAUUUUCGACCUGGGGAACACACGAUGGGAGAUUCAGAUCGACGCAACACCGAACUGGUCGAACUCAUCCCGACCCAUCUUCCUCGAGGCGCAUCUCUUCGACGAAUACUUCGGAGUCGAGCGAUCGAGACUUGUCCUCCUUCCCGAGUUCUCAGAGAACUCUCAUCAUCUUUCGAUAUCGACCAGCACCAGAAACGCCAAAGUGGGCGAGUAUAUCAUCUUCCACGUCCGAUCCAACUACUACGUCGAAUCUUUCCAAUAUUUGAUCAUGGCAAAGGGCGUCAUCAUCAAAUCGAGUGUGGAGUCUAUGACAACAUCAAUUCGAACAUUCGCCGUGACCUUGACCAAGCAGAUGGCUCCCAAGGCUCUGAUUAUCGUCUACGACCUCACGGCAGACGAUAAGCUCCUCGCGGACAGCCUCGAGUUCUCAGUAGACGCCAUAGCGUCGACGGAGAUGAGCGUACGCACCGAUGUGAAAGAUCGAUCCGGAGCUAACAUCGAGUUGACAGUAGGCGGUGCCGUCGGUUCCUUCGUGGGAUUGUCGUCGCAGCCUCUCGACGUGCUCUCGAGUUUUAUCCACCAUCCGAUCUCGAAUAAAAAAGUGGACUCGGCCUUGGAAUUCACCGACAACAACGUGCCCCACACGACCCAGAUGGACACUCACUCCACAUUCCAGGCUUCCGGCUUGGCGCUGUUCAGCGAUGCGUACGUGGGCCGACGUCCCCGCGUUUGUAACGCUUCCUCCGGCUAUGCCUCCUGUUUCGACGGCUCAUGCUAUCGCGCUUCAAAGAGCUGCAACGGCGUAGAUGACUGCGCGGACGGUGCCGAUGAGUUUUCAUGUCAUCACAAACACGCCGUCGAUUGGGAGAAAUUCCGGAGGACUAGACGGAACCUCGUCAGUUCGGACUUUCAAGGAACCUGGUUGUGGAAAGAUAUAAGCAUCAGCACCAGCGGUCGGAAUACCGUCUCCAUCCCAACUCCCACUACUCCGAUGCCGUGGGCGCUUUCGGCAAUCGGCAUCUCUCCUUUCCGCGGUGUUUAUACCUUGCCUAACCCAGAGAUGGUGACGUCUCCGCGUUUCUUUUUUAUGACCGUUGAUAGCCCCGAAAUAGCUCGUCUCGGGGAACUGUUCUCGGUCCGUGUGGCCCUUUUUAACCUCGGCCAGACGAAGCUCGAGGUGUUGGUGACUCUGGCUAACAGCCUAGACUACAAAUUCGUCUACGUAAACGCUUUAGAGAGAGACAAUAAUGACAGGUCGCUUCAGCCCAUAACCAUGUUUGGGGAACACCAGCAUCUUGUGUUUCUUUGGCCACAACGCCCAGUCGUUCUUCUGUUCCCGAUCGUUGGUAUCCGGCCUGGGAAUACUAAUCUGACGGUCGCCGCCAAAACCCAAACGAGCAAGACAUCUAUCUCCAAAACCAUUCGACUGCAGCCCGAAGGCUUCACGUGGUCGUCGUGGGCCUCGAUGUUGGUGGAUAUUCCACGAGGCGCCUACAUCAUGAGGAAAUUCGACACCGGGGUUUCGGCUCUUCAAGAACCUCCGUUGGCUUUGGCGGCCGGUCAAAGCCCCGGGGAUCACAACACUGCUGUGAUAACAGUCGCCGGAAGCGUUUUCGGGCCGCCGUUCCCGGUAUCGCCGCUGACCGUAGAGACCGUGUUCGGACUUCCCGGAGGAACAGCUGAGGCGAAUAUGUUCUCGUUCGCGGCCAAUCUUCUCUCGUUGCAGCUGAUACAAUCGAACAAGAAUCUCGUACGCAAGCACAAACAGGUCUUCAACCACUUGUUCAUCACCUAUCAAAAGCAGCUGAGUUUCCAGCGAGAAAACGGAGGUUUCGCGAUGUUCACCCACGGAGAAGUCCCAGCAAGUGUCUGGUUGACUGCAUUCACCGCUCGCUAUUUCCACAAAGCCAAUCGACUCUUUCCCGAGUGGAAGAAUUUCGUGCACAUCGAUCACAAAGUCCUGGAACGGUCGUUGGCGUUCCUCCUGGCCACUCAGGCGAAGUCCGGGGCGUUCCACGACCAUGACGGAUACUUCACGUACGACCGGAAGAUGGCACUGAAGGGCGCCGACGACAGUCACAAGGUGGCCAAUGUCUCCCUGACAGCGUUCGUGGUCAUCACACUCUACGAACUCCGCAAUCUCGAUGGGCCGUUGACCAUCAAAAUACCGCCGGCGAUCGAAUUGGCUCAGAAUUAUCUCGAGUUGAGUUUGCGAUACAUCGACAAGGACGAUGACCCGUAUCAAUUGGCAAUCACGGCGUAUGCCCUCCGCCUCAUCGGCAGCUCCGACGCUGAAUACGCGUUCACUCUUCUUGAUCGCAAAUAUAUCCAAGACGGCGAUUUGAGAUUCUGGUCGAAGCGUCGGUACCCGUCAGAGCCUGGAGGCAUGCCUCCGUUCUCCCUCCAUCCUUCGCAGACGCCCCAGGUAGGACCUCUUGCCCGGAGCGACUUGCAUGCCCUCGACGUGGAAACGACGUCAUACGCCUUGCUCGCCUACCUCCACGGGAAGGCCAUCCUAGUCAAACCAAUAGUGGAAUGGAUCAACCACCAGCGGAACAAUGAAGGCGGAUGGGCUUCGACACAGGACAGCAUUGUGGCCAUGGAGGCGCUUCUCGAGUAUGAGAAAAGAACUUUCGGGAGCGAUGCCGAGGAACGUGAACUUUCAAUGACUCUCACGCUGGAGGCUCCCUGCCUGCCGGGAAUCUCGAAACAAUUUCACGUGUCUUUCGCCAAUCGAUUCCAAGUUCAACGAUUCCGUAUCCCUAACGCAUGGGGUUCAAUAAUGGUGCGAGCUCGAGGAGUCGGCGUGUCUCUUCUCCAGAUGCAUCUGAAGUCGCAACUUCGAUCGCCAGCUCCGCCCGUGAGCUCUUCUCUGUCGUUGAACGUCAAGGUUUUCUCGUCGGGACGGAAUCAUUCUCGGCUGCAUUUUCGUUCGUGCCAAAGUUGGAUCGCUGAACGAGAGAGUCUCAUUAGCGGACUCGUAGUACUCGAAGCUCAGCUGCCCACCGGCUACCAAGUCGAUCGAGAUACAUUGUUACAUUAUAUUCACACUGCCACAUCUAGGAAUCUACGGCAUGCACACGCCGACCAGAGCAAGGCCACUUUCUACUUCGACUAUCUGGACUCAUCGCCCAUCUGCAUCAAUUUCACUGCGCUGAGACUGUUACCGACCGCCGCAGCCCACCGGGAGUCGCUGGUGAAAGUCUACGAAUACCAUGAACCAGAGCGUUACAACCAGACCUUGGUGGACCUCUCCUUCCUUCACGAUCUACAAGUGUGUGAUGUAUGUGGAUCGUAUCAAUGCCUGGAAUGUCCUUCAUACAAUGCGGCAUCAAGUUCUCUCACGGAGUCGGUCGCCAUCCUUGUGUUCCUGGGCAGCGUGAUGGUCUAUUUGUGUAGAGCGAAGUGUACAUAA